ACUUUGUGACCUUGGCUUUCUCUGCUCCACCCUCCACCCUCCAUAGCCACCACCAUGUCCUCUUCUUCUUCCUCUCUUCCCCUCAAUUUCGACAACUCAUCUUCAUCAUCAAAACUUCCACUGCGAUCCAUCCCGGGUGAUUGUGGCUCACCCUUCUUUGGGCCCAUUAAGGAUCGUUUCGACUACUUCUACAAUGAAGGCCGUGACCAGUUCUUCAGAACUCGCAUGCAGAAAUACCAAUCCACGGUCUUCAGAGCCAACAUGCCACCCGGCCCUUCCAUGGCUUCCAACCCUAAUGUCGUUGUCCUCCUCGACGCCAUCAGCUUUCCCAUCCUUUUCGACACCUCCAGAAUUGAAAAGAGAAAUGUCCUCGACGGCACAUACAUGCCCUCCACCGCCUUCACCGGUGGCUACCGUGUCUGUGCAUAUCUCGACCCUUCCGAGCCCAACCACGCCCUUCUCAAACGCUUGUUCAUGUCUUCGCUCGCAGCUCGACACCAUAACUUCAUUUCUGUGUUUCGUAGCUGCUUAACAGAGCUCUUCAUCACCCUCGAAGACGAUGCUUCCAGAAAAGGGAAAGCCGACUUCAAUGGCAUAUCUGAUAACAUGUCUUUCAACUUCGUCUUCAAACUCUUCUGCGAUAAGCAUCCCUCCGAGACCAAACUCGGAUCAAAUGGACCCAAUCUUGUUACAAAAUGGUUGUUCCUCCAACUCGCUCCUCUCAUCACACUUGGUUUGUCCAUGUUACCAAACGUUGUAGAAGAUUUACUUCUACACACCUUUCCCUUACCCUCAUUAUUCGUAAAAUCCGAUUAUAAGAACCUUUACCAUGCUUUUUACGCAUCCGCGUCCUCGAUAUUAGAUGAAGCUGAGAGCAUGGGGAUCAAGAGAGAUGAAGCUUGCCAUAACCUUGUGUUUCUUGCUGGUUUCAACGCAUACGGUGGCAUGAAGACCCUGUUUCCUGCUUUGAUCAAGUGGGUUGGCUUAGCCGGAGAGAAAUUACACGGCCAGUUGGCUGAUGAGAUCAGGAGCAUCGUUAAGGCUGAGGGAGGAGUGACAUUUGCGGCGUUGGACAAAAUGGCUUUGACUAAAUCGGUUGUGUAUGAGGCUCUGAGGAUUGAGCCUCCGGUUCCAUUCCAGUACGGGAAGGCCAAGGAGGAUAUGGUGAUCCACAGCCAUGACGCUGCAUUUGAGAUCAAGAAAGGGGAGAUGAUAUUCGGAUAUCAGCCAUUUGCCACCAAGGAUCCCAAGGUUUUCGACAAUCCUGAGGAGUUUGUGGCCCAUAGGUUCAUGGGCGAUGGAGAGAAAAUGCUCGAGUACGUGUAUUGGUCUAAUGGACGCGAGUCAGAUGAUCCAACGGUGGAGAACAAACAGUGUCCGGGAAAGGAUCUGGUGGUCCUGCUGUCCAGGGUAAUGAUGGUGGAGUUUUUCCUCCGUUACGACACGUUCAACAUUGAGUGCGGAACCUUGCUGUUGGGAUCAUCAGUGACGUUCAAGUCGUUGACCAAGCAGCCUACAUUUGAUCACAAGUCAAUUACGCACGUAUCGUAGAAAGGCACGAAGUCGUUUUUUAAUGUAAGAUUAAGAUUGACGUCCCCGUUUUUUAAUGGUUUAUGAAGAAUUUUUUUCCUUCAA